AUGAAUACUGGUAGUUCACCAGGUGGUUAUAAUUUUAGAAACAACCAAGAAAACAUGAGGAAUCUCAAUUGUAACUAUUUCAAAAAGCCAGGACACACGCUUGACAAAUGCUAUAAACUUCAUGGCUAUCCACAGAAUUUUAAGCCAAAUAACAAGCAAAGAAGGCUUCAGAAUCCCAAUCAAGGGAAUGCAGUCACAACAGAUGAAGGUUAUGCACAAGUUCAGGCUAAUGAUACAGAGGCAACAAUUAGUAUAAAACAGGAACAAUUAUCACAGUUGAUGGAACUGCUUCAACAAGUUAAAAUUGGUCAGCAAGCUACAACAAGUUCUGAAGUCAAUGUCAAUGCUAACUGUGCUGGUACAUGCUUGCCUAUUAUUCCCUAUUCAUAUAAUAAUUCUAAGAGUCAUAUUUGGAUCUUUGACUCUAGUGCUUCAGAACACAUGAUAUUUGACUCUACUAUCAUAGUUAAUAUCAAACCAUUACUCAGUCUUGUUAAUGUUAACCUUCCUAAUUCACGAAGGGUAAGAGUUACUCUAGCAGGACAAGUAACUAUACACCCAGAUUUGACUCUACACAGAGGCCUUUAUUUGAGGAGGACUCUGGUCCUUGGUGAUGUCAAAGCUGGACUUUAUCUUUUCCAUUCAAUCCACCAAGACAAACUUGAUCCUAGGGUAGUUACUUGUGUAUAUCUUGAUUAUCCUACUGGAAUGAAAGGAUACAGGUUGUUAAACUUACAGACUAGAGAAAUUUUUGUUUCCAGGAAUGCGAUUUUUCACGAGUCUAUUUUUCCUUUUACGAGUCUUCACACUAAUUUCUCUCCUUUAUUUCCUAUCUUUUCCACCACUGAUUUCUCUACAUCUCCAACUCGUAAUUCUACUGAUUCCUCACCUUCUCCUACUUUUUCUUCUUCUUCUAUUCCUGUUGAUCCUUCCCAUAUUGCUCCUUCUGUUGAGACUUCUGUUUCUGUUUCACCUCAUGUUCCUUCUAGCCAUGUUCCUAGCCCCUUAUCUACAAUAUCUUAUACCCCUUCUACCUCAUCUACUGCUCCUCCUAUAUCCUCUUCUACAUCUGAUUCUUCUCCUACUUUUAAUCCUGCUCAUUCACCUAGUGCUCCUAAUGAUGUUUUGCGCAGGUCUUUGAGAGAGCACAAUGCACUUGUCUAUUUGUGUGAUUAUAUUUGUGGAGCAGUACACUUAACUGAUGUCUCUACAUCCUAUUUUCUCUCACCUAUCUCCCCUUCUACUAUUUCUCCUACUGCACUUUCUACUCCUAACCAAAGCCUUUUGAACUCCCUACCAUAUGUACAUGAGCCUUCUAGUUACUCUCAGGCAGCAUUGCACCCUGGUUGGCAAGAAGCAAUGGCCAAAGAUCUUGAUGCCUUAAAGGAUAAUGAUACUUGGCAAUGGUAUGCCCGCUUGAUAGCUGCCUUUAAUUUCAAGGGUUUUACUCACUCCUUAAACGACUACUCUCUCUUCUACAAAAAGAAUGGUGAUUCUAUUUCUUUGGUGGCUGUUUAUGUGGACGAUAUCUUACUCACAGUGCUUCGUGAGUCGUCUGGUCUGAUUCUCUGUCAAUGCAAGUUCACCCUUGAACUUCUUACUGAGUUUGAUUGCCUUGGUCAGUCUUCUGCUUCUUCUCCUUUGGAUCCUUCUUCCAAGCUACAUGCAGGGGUUGGUGUCCCUCUUUCUGACCUUCUGCUCUAUCGUCGUCUAUUGGGGAAACUCAAUUUUCUGACCCAUACUCGUCCUGAUAUUUCUUUUGUCAUUCAGCAUCUUAGCCAAUUUAUGCAGGAUCCUCGUGAGUCUCAUUUCUAUGCAGCUCAUCAUUGCUUUCGAUAA